GAGCCUCCUCCUCUCGCGAGAGGCGCGAGGCGCGGAGCCGGCUGCUGCGGAGAACGGGAGCGAACCCAGGGCCGCAGCCUUGAUUCUCCUUCCCCCAUAGCUUUUAGGUCCACGGCAUGGCAGAAAUGGCAGAUUUUGGGAUCUCGGCUGGCCAGUCCGUGGCAGUGGUCUGGGAUAAGUCAUCCCCGGCGGAGGCCCUGAAAGAUCUGGUGGACAAGCUUCAAGCAUUAACUGGCGACAAGGGCCGAGUGUCCGUGGAAAACAUUAACCAGCUGCUGCAGUCUGCCCACAAAGAAUCUAGCUUUGACGUUGUCUUGUCGGGUGUAAUUCCUGGAAGCACCACUGCACACAGUGCUGAGAUUUUAGCCGAGAUGGCCCGGAUCCUUCGGCCUGGUGGAUGUCUUUUUCUCAAAGAGCCAGUAGAAACAGCUGUAGUUAACAACAGCAAAGUGAAGACAGCAUCUAAGCUGUGUUCAGCCCUGACUCUUUCUGGUCUUGUGGAAGUAAAAGAGCUGCAGCGCGAGUCCUUGAGCCCCGAGGAGACUGGAUCUGUCCAGGAACAUCUGGGUUACCGCAGCGACAGCCUCCUCUUUGUGCGGAUCACAGGCAGGAAGCCCAACUUUGAAGUGGGUUCUUCUAGUCAGCUUAAGCUUCCUGUUGCCAAGAAGUCUUCAGGGAAGCCUGCUGUGGACCCUGCAGCUGCCAAGCUCUGGACCCUCUCGGCCAACGAUAUGGAGGAUGAGAGCGUGGAUCUCAUCGACUCGGAUGAACUGCUGGAUCCGGAAGAUCUGAAGAAGCCAGACCCAGCUUCCUUGCGGGCUGCCCCAUGCGGGGAAGGGAAAAAGAGGAAGGCCUGCAAGAACUGCACCUGUGGCCUCGCAGAAGAACUGGAAAAAGAGAAGUCGAGGGACCAGAUGAGCUCCCAGCCCAAGUCAGCUUGUGGAAACUGCUACCUGGGUGAUGCCUUCCGCUGUGCCAGCUGCCCCUACCUUGGGAUGCCAGCCUUCAAACCUGGGGAGAAGGUGCUCCUGAGCAACAGCAACCUCAACGACGCCUAGGCAGGCCCGCCUGGGACACCCCUGCUCCUCGCCAGCUCCUGCCCCUCGAUCCUCCCGCCGCCUCUGGAUUGGCUCCCUGUCUCGGGUCCAUCGGGUGGUGAAGCUGGCUGGGGCGCAGUGGUGCAGGUGCUGCUCUAGAUCAAGACCACGGUGUCCUGGCCCCGCUACCCUGAGCGGGCACCUCCUUCAUCCAGUGUUAGGCAAACGGAGUAUGUCCCCCAGAGGCCCUCUCCCGAUGUCCAAAUGCUGACAAUAACCAUCUCUGAGCCCGCCCCUGUGGGCCAGUGCUUCAGGUUUUUUUCCAGAGGUGGUGGUUUAUUCAUAUUGUUCUUGGUGACAGGAGGCAAGUGUCCCAUGGCCACCUCAGAGCACUGGGGGAAUCACUCAUCGGUUGCUGUGAUCACAUCCAGCAUCCCCCACCCCCUCCACUCCUACCCUUGUUUUACUGUGUCCAUCUGCGUCCUGUUGUCAUUUCUGUUACUCUCUAGGUAUUAAACUUAUGUACUUAUGCAUAUUCACUGAA